GUCCUGUUCUGUCUGAGCAUUGUGGAUUUUGAGAAGCUAAAGUCUGAAGACUGUGAGAAGAGGAAUCGUGACGUCAGUCUUCCUCCAGAUCUGCCAGCUUACAGCCUCUGACUUUGGGGGCAAGAGAAACAGCGAAAGGAAAGAUAAAGUUGGUGCCUUUGAAACUUUCACUUUUUUGGCCCCUUUCUCCUUUUCUUUUUCCUGGACUCUCAUGCACAUCGAUCCUCAAAAAAAAAAGCGAGACACACCCCCCUCGACUCCACGUUCUGCAGGUCUGCGUGUCACUGUACUGUGGGGUGCAGGUGUGAUGCAAGAGAGGUCCCCGCCAACCCAAGAAGAAUCCUGAUUGAUUCACGCUCCAUUUGUCUCCAUUUCCAGCUGACGGAGGUGAAAACAAAAUCGACUUGCCCCGCUGCAGAAGUGGAUUAACUCCUAUUUACUCUCCAACGAGCAAGUGGAGGGGCGUGUGUGCAUUUGUGUGUGUGCACUUCUGUGUGUGGAAAGAGUUCAACCAGCUGCUUUCUCGGAGGCAGACUAGUGGAUUUACAGCCAUUUCUGAUGUUUCUGUUUUAUUGCAUGUGCCCAUGUGGAGCCCAACGUAUUGACAGGGGAUCUCAGAUCUCUUUCUUUUGGAAUAACUGGGACUUCUCACCCUGAGGGUUGUUACUGUUCUAUUGUCUUUCUCAUUGUGCAUCUGAAACUGCUGUCGCUGCCUCUCCCAUUUGCGGGGUCCCCUCUUCUGCUCCGGUACGACCUCGGCAAACCUCCUGUCAAACCAGGAUGGGAAUGCAUAUAGCUCCCAGAACUGUGUCAACACACCUCCCGCUCUGUCUGGUGGGUUGAUCUCCGGGGGAAAUCGUGCACGGGAGUGUGUACGUGCACGCGGUGAGGUGGAGUGAACACCAUGAACUUGUGCACAAACGUCUCGGACACCAGUUCCUGGAUGGGGGCUCAGGCAGUUCUGGGUAAUGUUGGUGGGAACGUUUCACUGGGAUGUAACAGUAGCAGCGGUGGGCUGACACAGUAUGGGGUGUCCCACAAUGAUGGGGCAUGCGGGUGCUCCAGCACCACAGCGACAGAGAAGAACUGGGCAGCACUGCUCAUCCUGGUAGUGAUUGCACUCACUGUUGCCGGCAACAUCCUGGUCAUCAUGGCCGUAUCCCUGGAGAAGAAGUUGCAGAACGCCACCAACUACUUCCUGAUGUCACUGGCUGUGGCGGACAUGUUACUGGGCCUGCUGGUCAUGCCUGUAUCCAUGGUGACCAUCCUGUACGGAUACAGCUGGCCACUGCCUCCCACUCUCUGCCCCAUCUGGAUCUACCUGGAUGUUCUUUUCUCCACGGCUUCUAUCAUGCACCUGUGCGCCAUCUCCCUGGACCGCUACAUUGCCAUCCGCAACCCAAUCCACCACAGUCGCUUCAAUUCCCGCACUAAGGCUUUCCUCAAGAUCAUGGCCGUCUGGACCAUCUCUGUGGGCAUAUCCAUGCCAAUCCCAGUUUUCGGCUUGCAGGAUGACUCCAAGGUGUUCAAGGACGACAGCUGCUUCCUGACGGACGACAGCUUCGUGCUGGUGGGUUCACUGGUGGCCUUCUUCGUCCCCCUCACCAUCAUGGUGGUGACAUACUUCCUGACUAUCAGUGCACUGCAGACAGAGGCCACGAUGUGCCUGGACCAGCUUGUACCGAGGCCCCGCUGGGCAACGCCUCUGAGCUUCCUGCCCCAAGGUUCGUUGACUUCUGAGAAGCUGUUCUUCUGGCGUUCGCUGAGCGGGCGGGAGGUGGCAGCCCCAGCCUUUGGCCGCAGGACCAUGCAGUCCAUCAGCAAUGAGCAGAAGGCCUCCAAGGUACUGGGUGUGGUGUUCUUCCUCUUUGUGGUCAUGUGGUGCCCAUUUUUCAUCACCAACGUGCUGGCGGUAGUGUGCAAGGGCACGUGUGAUGCAGAAGUCAUGGGAGGCCUGCUCAACAUCUUUGUGUGGGUGGGGUACCUGUCCUCUGCUGUCAACCCGCUGGUUUACACCCUCUUCAACAAGACUUACCGCUCUGCAUUCUCACGCUACAUUCGUUGCCACUACCGGGAGGAAAGGAAGUCUCUGCAGCUGAUCCUAGUAAACACCAUACCCCCAAUGGCCUACACCUCUACUCAGCUGCCCCUGGGCCACAUCACCCCCCUCAGAAAUGGGGAGCCCUCCCCAAGGUUUUUGGGGUCAAAUGGGUCUGGGUCCCCGAGACCUCCUGAGCACCAGAGCAAGGAUGAAAAUGUCAGUAGUGUUUGAACAGCUUUUUUUCCAUGACAAGUGGGGACCAUGGCAACCUGGCACAUUCCA